AUGAGCUGCCGGUUGUCUAAUACCAUCAACAACGAGCUUGCUUCUUUAUCGUCCACGCCCUUUGAGCCCUACAUCUUCAGAGUGGAUGGCCCACUACGUAGAGAAAAUGUGAAAGCCUAUGAACCAGAAAUGCUUGCAAUCGGUCCUUAUCACCACGGUAAAAGUAACCUGAAAAUGAUGGAAGAGCAUAAACUACGAGUGGAUGGCCCACUACGUAGGGAAAAUGUGAAAGCCUAUGAACCAGAAAUGCUUGCAAUCGGUCCUUAUCACCACGGUAAAAGUAACCUGAAAAUGAUGGAAGAGUAUAAACUACGGAACCUACAACUGUUGCUUAAGCGAAGAAAUGAGUCAAGUGUAGAUAGAUAUGUCAAUGCUAUGCAAGAUUUGGAAGAAAAAACACGAAAAUCUUAUGCAGAGUCUAUUGGACUUGGGAAGGAUGAGUUUGUGCGAAUGAUGCUUUUUGACGGUUCGACNAUAAUUGAGUUAUUUCGCAAGUUUGAGGAUGGCACAUAUGAGGAUGAUCCUAUUUUUAAAUUGGACAAGUUCGGCAACAUUUUACGUCGAGAUUUAUUGUUAUUUGAAAAUCAACUCCCAUUCUUUGUCCUUGUGCUCUUAUUCGACAUGACAAAUAAUCCAAACCAAGAAAGAAACAUAUUUUCCUCAACCUUGAUGUUCUUCGCUCAAUUUACUUUCAACCGUUCCAGUGUUCCAAGCCAUGAUGUCGAUCAUGUACUAGGCCUUGUAUACGAGUCUUGGUGUUCCUCAUUUGCUGCAACGUUGUCUUCUCGUGGGAACUUUGCUAACCAAGGUAUUAGAUGGGAAUUCAUAAAAUGCUCCACAGACCUUCGAGAGGCCGGUAUUAAAUUUGAAAAGGCUACGGAAAGUUCCUCGUUAAUGGAUAUAAAGUUUGAAAAUGGAAUCAUCAAAAUCCCACCUUUGAGAAUUGGUGAUAGUACAGAAAUUGCCUUUAGAAAUAUGAUUGCUUAUGAGCAAUAUAAGGACAGAAGUGAACCAGCUUAUGUGACUCAUUAUGUGAUGUUUUUCAAUUGCCUCGUCAAUACUCCUAAGGAUGCUGAAAUACUACAUCACCGUGGAAUCAUUGACAAUUGGUUAGGAAACGAUGAAGCCGUCUCGACCAUGUUGAACAAAUUGGGCAAUAAUAUUGUCUUAGAUGAAACAACUUUCUGUUAUUCAGAAGUUUUCAACAAAGUAAACGAGCACUGCAAACGUCGUCGACACAUAUGGAUGGCUAAAUUAAGGCGUAAUUAUUUCAACAGCCCGUGGUCUGUCAUUUCACUUUUUGGUGUUACUCUGUUACUUCUGCUAACUAUCAUACAGACUAUAUGCUCUGUCUUGCAAGUCUCAUGA